CCAACUUUUUCGGUUACCGCGAGUUUGCCAGCUGAUAGCUUACUUAAACAUCGACAAAGUCCGGCAACUCUCACUUAAUGUACUUACUUUGUUUAUUUCCAAUUUUGUUUAUUAAGUGUUGUGUGAAGAAGAUGUAAUCAUUUAGCAUUCAUAAACAAAUAUAAUAUAUAUGUAUGUAUAACGUAAACGAAAAAUAUUCUAAUCAGAAUAUUGAUGUAUGAAAAUUGUUUUAGACAGAGCAGCUGUCGGUGCCUCCAUGAAAAUAGUUAAUGGUAAAUUACUUUUACAAUGGAUCCCUUUAAAAUUGAACCCUUCGAUUGAUGAUGAGAACGAGUGUUGUCGGUAUGAAUUGGAAAAACGAAUGAAUGAAAUGGAAACUGCCGGUUUUUCAGAGGAUUCUAGUGCUGGAAGGCAUGACCAAAAAAAUAUAGAGAGAAUCAUGACUAGAGACCUUCUUAUGAAAAUAAAUUUUGCCGGAAGUGGUACGAAGAAGGCAUUUGAUAAGUAUAUUGUAUGGGGCGUCAGCAACUAAAAAAAAAUCGAAUUGCGAUCUGUUCUUUAAAAUGCCGGCGGAACAACUGGAUAAAUUACAUUCAUGCCAAGCCACAAUUAUCCAUUGCACAUUAAAUUAAUUC